AAGGGGAUCAACUAUAGAGAGGAUACCAACUAUAGCACUUACUCUUACACACCCGGGGUAUUUUAACUAUAUUUUAGAAAUAUGCCAUUUUCUUGCAAUCAGUCUCUGGACGGCAGCUUUCCUCCUUCUCCUGUGGAGGACAGGAGUUUGAAUAGGUUGUCUUGGGGCAGUCUGCUGAAUAAACUAGUCGAACUUAACUGGAAUCAAAGAGAACAACAGUGCAACUGGAGUGACACUGGUUCAGUAGCAGACUUGUCUUUGUCAGACAGUGACAGCAACGACUGCUUUUAUCCUCUGGAGGAGUUGCUGGCUUCUGAAGCUGUGGGCACUAUUGCACAAAGUCUGGAUGAAUCUUCACGUUUGCUGGGCUGCUCUAAAAUCAUUGUGCCUGACUGUCUGAUGCACAACAUUGGCCAGGAGCUUGUGCACUUGGCCCUCAGUGAGCCGUGUGGUCUCAGAGGGGCCCUAGUGGACCUGUGCGUGGACAGAGGGGACCAGAGCUCCAUGUGUGUACUGGACCAAAUCGCAGUGGACAACUCCGUGGUGCCCACGUUUCAGGUGACGCUGGUGUUGAGGCAGGAGUCGAGUGGACUAUGGCCCAAAGUCAAGAAGCUCUUAAAGGGAAGCCAGUCUCCACAGACCCCCACAAAGCACCAGCCCACCCUCAGACUGAGCCGCAGCUUCAGAGCCAUCAAGAAGAAGCUGUACUGUUCAGGAGAGCUGCUCAUAGAGGAGUGCUGCUGACCAAGCACCAUUGUCCUAAUCCUCCCAUUUGGACAAACUAUUAUGAAUGCACUUGUGUCAUUCACUUAAACUGUACCUGAACUGUUGAAACACUUAUCUGACAGGUGCAAACAUGACAAAGACACAUUGUCUUCUCUGUAAAUGUGAAAUGCCAACAAUGUGGAUGGCAUUGUAUUUGCACUCAAACAUGCUCAUAUGUGAUUUGUAUACUAGUGCUUUUGUAAUAAAUUAUUUUUUUUUAUAAA